AUGACCUCGAUCACGCCCAUCCUCGCCGCGACGCAGUCGCCCGACGUCGCCGCGCGCGUCGCCGCCGAGGAUGCGCUCAAACACGCCGAGGCGUCCGACGCCGGCGCGUACGCCAAGGCGCUCGUCGACGAGCUCGCGUGCGCGAGCGCGCCGCUCGCGACGCGACAGCUCGCGGGCGUGAUCCUUAAGAACACGCUGGACGCGAAGGACGAGGCGAAGCGGCGCGAGCUGCGAGAGCGAUGGAUGACGCGAGACGCGGCGACGCGAGAGGAGAUCAAACGCGCGGCGUGGGGAUGUUUAGCGUGCGGCGAGGCGCCGGUGAGGAGCGUCGCGGCGCAGGUGGUGGCGAAGAUCGCGGGCGCGGAGGUGCCGCGAAAGGCGUGGCCGGAUUUGAUACCGAGCCUGCAGCGAGGGGCGCAGGGAGGGGGCGACGCGGGCGCGAAGCAGGCGAGCCUGGAGGCGCUGGGGUACGUGUGCGAGGAGGUGGACGCGGACGAUUUGGAACAAGCGGACGUGAACGGGGUGCUCACGGCGGUGGUGAGCGCGAUGGGACGCGGGGAAACGGACGUCGGCGUGCGGUUGGCGGCGACGCAAGCGCUGAAUAACGCGUUGUACUUUGCGCACGAGAAUUUUGAAAAGGCGCAAGAGCGCGACUUCAUCAUGCAGUGCGUGUGCGAGGCGACGACGUGCGAGGACGCGCGCGUGCGCGUCGCGGCGUUUGAGGUGUUGGUUGGGAUCGCGGAGAAUUACUACGAGUACAUGGCGGCGUACAUCGAGGCGGUGUACGAGUUGACGGUGAAGGCGGCCAAGCAAGAUCAAAGCGAAGUCGGCUUGCAAGCGAUUGAAUUUUGGAGCACGAUUUGCGAGGAAGAGAUCGGUCGUCAAGACGCGAUCGAGUGCGGAGAAACGGACGUGAAGAUGUUCAACUUUAUCGCCACCGCGCUCGGCGCGCUGGUGCCGAUGUUGCUCGAACAGCUCACGAAGCAGGAGGACGACCAAGACGAGGACGAAAACGCGUGGAACCUCGCCAUGGCGGGGGGCAUUUGCCUCGGUCUCGUCGCGCAGCUCGUGCGAGAUCCGGUGGUGGAGCAAGUCAUGGCUUACAUUCAAGCGAACAUUCGAUCGAGCGAGUGGCGCCAGCGCGAGGCGGCGACGUUUGCGUUCGGGGCUAUUUUGGAAGGCCCGAACCCGGCGAACUUGGGGGGCAUCGCGAAGGAGGCGCUGCCGGUGCUCGUGAUGGCGCUCAAGGACGAUAGCACGCACGUCAAGGACACGACGGCUUGGACUAUCGGGCGCGUGUUCGAGUUCGUGCACACGGACGAGCACCCGAUGGUGGACGCGCAGACGUUUCCGCAAGUGUUACAGGCGAUGAUGGAGUCGCUGAAGGACGUGCCGCACGUGGCGGGCAAGGUGUGCUGGUCCGUGCAAAACCUCGUUUCGGCCAUCUCGCAAAGCGAUGCCGGUCGCCGUGCGCUGGUGCCGUACUUCCAGAGCAUCAUCCAGACGUUGUUAAUCACGAGCGAGCGCCCCGACGCCGAGGUCGGGUUGAAGAUGGAGUGUUACGAGUCAAUGAAUGAGAUUUUGCGCUCGUCCACGGAGGAGAAUCACCCCACCGUCGGACAGCUCAUCCCGCACGUGCUUCAGAAGCUCAGUGCGACGUUGGUUGGACAAGAGCAGAUGAGUUCGGAUAUGCGCGAGAAGCAAGCCGACGCGCAGGCGCUGUUGUGCGGUACCUUACAAGUCAUCAUCCAGGUGUUGGGCGCGGCUUCGCAGGAAACCAAGGAGCAGACGUUGUUCGCGCACGCGGACAGCUUGAUGCACGCGUUCCUCAGCGUGUUUAGCUGCCGUUCAUCGACGGUGCAUGAAGAGGCCAUGCUCGCCGUCGGUGCGUUAGCUUACGCUGUCGGCGAAAACUUCAUCAAGUACAUGGAUGCCUUCAUCCCGUACGUCAAGUUAGGAUUAGAAAACCACGAAGAGCACCAAGUGUGCGCGGUGACGGUGGGCGUAGUCGGCGAUAUUUGCCGCGCGUUGGACGACAAGAUCGAGCCGUACUGCGAACCCAUCGUGUACUUGCUCCUUCGCGAUCUGGGAAGCGAGAAGCUCCACCGAAGCGUCAAGCCGCCGAUUCUUUCGUGCUUCGGCGACCUCGCCUUGGCGACGGGCGCGUCGUUUGAAAAGUUUCUCAGUUACGUCGUCGGCAUGUUGCAAAGCGCGAUGCAAUUAUCAGCCAACACCAACCCAGACGACGAGGAAAUGGUUGACUACAACAACGAGCUUCGUAACGGUAUUUUUGAAGCGUACGCGGGUAUUCUUCAAGGCUUAAAACUGGAAUCCAUGGACGCGUCCAAGCUCAACGGUAUUCGCGAGCACGUACCCUUCGUCGUCGAUUUCAUCGAGGCCGUCUCCAAGGACCCCAACUGCGACUCCACCGUCACGCGGUCCAUGGUGGGCGUGUUGGGCGACAUCGCCAAUUGUUUCCGCGGUGUCGGUCCGGUGUUCGCGCAAAAGCCGUUUUGGAAUCAAUUUUUAAGCGAGUGCGCGAGCUCGCCCGACGACGCGCUUCGCCGCGACGCCGCCUGGGCGCGCGACAACAUCCAGGAGAGAAUGAACGAAGACAGAUAA